CGCGAGCGCGCGUGCGCCCCUCGAACGUCCCCGGGAGCUCCGCCAGAGCGAGCGCCAGGGCCGGGCGCGCACCAGUGAAAAGGAGGCGGCGGCCGCGUCUGCGAGCAACAGCUCCGGGCGCCGCGGGCUGACCUGGUCUGCCGCUGGCUCGUUUCGUUCUGUUUCCUUUCUUUUUGAAUUUCAGGAAAAAAAAAAAAAUUACAUUUUUUUGGGGAAAAAAAUCUUUUUUCUUUUUCUUUUUAAAUGGCGCUGGCCGCGGGUCAGCGGGCGGUUUUCUUUGCACCAAGAUGGGCUUUGCUGUUUCCGUCGUGGGCACCCGUGGUGGUGGCUUGAUUGUCAGUCUUCUCUGGGCAUUUUUGAGGCCAGGAGCCGAGCGCUGCCCGUAGGCGACUCGCCCUCCGGAGCGGCUGGGCGUUUCGGGUUGUGACUUGGGGGGCAGAGCGCCGUGGAUCGCGAGCACCGCGUGCUCUCUGCAAAACCGGCGGCGAGCCGGAGGCGGGUCGCUCCCAGGGUGAAACCGUUCCCGGGCUGAGCGAGCCCGGCCCCGUGCGCAGUGCAGCGGCCCCGAGAGCCUGUCCUGUCCCCGCCGCGCCGGGAAAAUGGAGGCUGUGAUCGAGAAGGAAUGCAGCGCGCUUGGAGGCCUCUUCCAGACCAUCAUCAGCGACAUGAAGGGGAGCUAUCCAGUUUGGGAAGAUUUCAUAAACAAAGCCGGAAAGCUGCAGUCUCAGCUGCGGACAACAGUAGUAGCAGCAGCUGCCUUCUUGGACGCCUUUCAGAAAGUGGCUGACAUGGCCACCAACACACGUGGUGGUACCCGGGAGAUCGGCUCAGCGCUCACCAGAAUGUGCAUGCGGCACAGAAGCAUUGAGGCCAAGCUGAGGCAGUUCUCCAGUGCUUUGAUUGAUUGCCUGAUAAACCCACUUCAAGAACAGAUGGAAGAGUGGAAGAAAGUGGCCAACCAGCUGGACAAGGACCACGCAAAAGAAUAUAAGAAAGCUCGCCAAGAGAUAAAGAAGAAGUCUUCUGACACCCUGAAACUGCAGAAGAAGGCAAAGAAAGGGAGAGGUGACAUCCAGCCUCAGCUGGACAGCGCUCUCCAGGACGUCAAUGAUAAGUAUCUGCUCUUGGAAGAAACAGAAAAGCAGGCCGUGCGCAAAGCGCUGAUCGAAGAGCGUGGUCGGUUCUGCGCUUUCAUCUCCAUGCUGCGGCCAGUGAUUGAGGAAGAGAUCUCCAUGUUGGGGGAAAUUACCCACCUUCAGACCAUCUCGGAGGACCUCAAGAGCCUGACCAUGGACCCUCACAAACUGCCCUCCUCCAGCGAGCAGGUGAUUUUGGACUUGAAAGGUUCUGAUUACAGUUGGUCGUAUCAGACGCCACCCUCUUCUCCCAGCACGACCAUGUCCAGAAAGUCAAGUGUCUGCAGCAGCCUGAACAGUGUCAACAGCAGCGACUCCCGGUCCAGCGGUUCCCAUUCCCAUUCCCCCAGCUCCCAUUACCGCUACCGCAGCUCCAACCUGGCCCAGCAGGCACCUGUGAGGCUGUCCAGCGUGUCCUCCCAUGACUCAGGAUUCAUAUCCCAGGACGCCUUCCAAUCCAAGUCACCGUCCCCCAUGCCACCUGAAGCUGCCAACCAGAACUCAUCCAGCUCGGCCUCCUCAGAAGCAUCGGAGACCUGCCAGUCAGUGAGCGAGUGCAGCUCCCCCACCUCAGUCAGCUCAGGCUCCACCAUGGGCGCCUGGGUGUCCACCGAGAAGUUGUCUAAUGGGUUUUCUCACUGUAGUUUAUCAAGUGAGUCCCAUGCGGGGCCCGUGGGUGCAGGCCCUUCCCCUCAUUGCCUGCCUGCCUCCCGCCUGCUCCCUCGGGUCACCUCUGUCCACCUUCCUGACUACGCUCAUUAUUACACCAUUGGGCCCGGCAUGUUCCGGUCAUCUCAGAUCCCUAGCUGGAAGGACUGGGCAAAGCCAGGACCCUAUGACCAGCCACUGGUGAACACCCUUCAACGCCGCAAAGAGAAACGUGAGCCAGACUCCAAUGGGGGAGGGCCCCCGACUACAGGAGGUCCACCCGCAGCUGCUGAGGAGGUGCAGAGACCAAGGAGCAUGACUAUGUCAGCCGCCACCAGGCCUGGUGAGGAGAUGGAGGCCUGUGAGGAACUGGCACUUGCCCUGUCACGGGGCCUCCAGCUGGACACGCAGAGAAGUAGCCGAGACUCACUGCAGUGCUCCAGCGGCUACAGCACUCAGACCACCACCCCGUGCUGUUCCGAGGACACCAUCCCCUCCCAAGGUACGAGGCGCCCAGCUUGCUGUCCGGCUUUCCGGGCGGCUCCAGUUUCAGAUUAUGAUUAUUUCUCUGUAAGUGGUGACCAGGAGGCAGAGCAGCAAGAGUUUGACAAGUCCUCGACCAUUCCAAGGAAUAGUGACAUCAGCCAGUCUUACAGGCGGAUGUUCCAAGCCAAGCGUCCAGCCUCAACUGCUGGCCUUCCCACCACGCUCGGACCUGCCAUGGUCACACCAGGGGUUGCGACCAUUCGACGGACCCCUUCCACCAAGCCUUCUGUCCGUCGGGGGACCAUUGGAGCUGGCCCUAUCCCCAUCAAGACACCAGUGAUCCCUGUCAAGACCCCAACUGUCCCAGACCUCCCGGGGGGUUUGCCAUCCCCUCCCGAUGGGCCAGAGGAGCGGGGUGAGCACAGCCCUGAGUCUCCCUCUGUGGGGGAGGGACCCCAGGGUGUCCCCAACAUACCCUCUUCCUUGUGGAGUGGCCAAGCCUCUGUCAACCCUCCACUUCCAGGCCCAAAGCCCUGUAUACCCGAGGAGCACAGACAGGCGAUUCCAGAGAGCGAGGCUGAAGACCAGGAAAGGGAUCCCCCAAGUGCCACUGUCUCCCCAGGCCCGAUUCCAGACAGUGACCCCGCAGACCUGAGCCCAAGAGAAAGUCCUCAAGGAGAAGACAUGCUGAACGCCAUCCGGAGGGGUGUAAAACUGAAGAAGACCACCACCAAUGAUCGCUCAGCCCCUCGCUUCUCUUAGGUUCUCCUAGUUCCCAGGAAAUGCUGCCAGUGGGGAAUGAACUCUUUCAUUAAUAAAACCUAAUUUGUCUGAUCCAUUCCAGUAUAAUCAAGCAAAGGAUUUUGUAGGCAAUUCGGAAUUCUGCUCUUUUAAAAGUAUUCAUCUUUAGAUAAGAAUUAAAAGCAACAUAUGUAAUUGAGAUAAUCUUGACCUUUUAAUUUGUAAAUAUUGACAGUUUUCUUUCUGCAUAUUUUAAUCUUAGUUUCCCUUUUGAUUUUUUCUGAAGGUGCCAAAUUCCAUUUAACUUUUUUACAAGUCUUUGUAAAAUUUUAAAUGCGUAAAGGGGAGGGGGUGGGUUGGGACUGGGAACCUCGGAGUAAUUUCACAAAAGGAUGACAUACUUAGUUUUUCUUUUUCUCCCUCAGGCUUUUGUAGAUGCAUUGUAGCCGUCUAGUUUAGAAGCAAAUUCAAGUUAUUUUAAUGGACAAACACAAUGGAUGGGGUAAAACCCUUUCUCAUGUACUGUGUUCUGGAUGAGAACUGCAGGCGUGACAGUUGAGCAAUAUGCAGAGAAGUAAACUGGACAUGGUGGGCUGUGUUGGGAUUGGGGGGAGGGCUGUGGGAGGGGCACACUGUCAACUUAGCCAAUCCUGUUACAUUUAAGAGUAGCCUUGUAGGUGACUUUCCAGUAGCUUCAUGGUUAACGCAUCCGAAUAAGCCAUACUAGAUUGCAGUGUUUGUUUCUGUAGGGUUUAAGGACUUCCUUUCUCUCAGCGUUCCUCCUGACCGCACACAGCACCCACAUCCAAUCCCGCGCAUGCUGCUGCCACAGGUAGACAUAGACCCCUCUUGCUUUCUCGUCUCUUAUACUCACUUCCACCGAAUCCAAAUACAUCCAACGGGGUAAGGCAAUUCAGAAAACGUGAACAUUUAAAAAUGAUAGCAGGGAAUUCUUAGAUAGAGAAAAUGCCUUUUACUUAACUGUGCCCAGCAGGCUGGGUACAUUGAAAAGCCCAGAUAUUUUGAAGAGAAAAAAAAAAAAAAAAAACCUCAAACAGAUUUAUCAAAGGUAGCCAGCUUGGAGUCUAGCAAUUUGCCAAUGUGCUUACCAAUCAGGGGGCUUGUUUUUCUUCCGUUCCUUAAAUAAGGGCACCGAUUGGCUUCUGAACACCAGAGCAAGGAUUUAUUUACUGUCUCUGGGAGUUUGAUCUCUAUUCAGGCAAUGUUUGUUCUUUAUUUUUUUAAAUGGAUGUCUUUUUUCUCAAGUGGAAGUUAAAUUUGUUACAUCCCUAAAGUCAACAGAGAUAUUUGUAGAUUUCAAGGGAUUCUGUUGAAGACAGCUGUGUCAAAAAGGCAAAGGCCCUCAGCAGUCCAGAAGCUGACUGACAGUACACAUUUGACUUUCUAGGACAAGAAGCUUGGUGGGUCGGAUGUGCUCGGCAGAUCUCUGUUGGCUCUAGCCUCCAAUGACGUAAACUUAUACUUUAAUACAUAACCACAUUGGAUGUGAGAGUAACGUUUUUCUAGUCAUUCAUUGUUCUAUAUAUUAACAUUUAACCCUGCUGUGAUUGCUCAAAGGACAUUUUAUGUUAUGGCUUUAAAGCAAAGGCAUGAUUAUUAGAAAUGACUUAAGCUCUUUUCUUUGAAAAACAAGCUCCUUUUACAGACUAUAAGCAAACAGUAGUGCCUGUGGUUUAGCCCACCAAUCUUGAUGACUCACAGUAGCUGAUGCAUUGUGCAUAUGAUGCUUGAGAUGGUUUUUGCAGAUGCAGAAAUCGCUGCAAGGUCAUUCUAAUAGAUACAAGUGGUAUUUUAAACCUUUGAAAGGAAUGGAUGUAACUGUACGUUGGUACAGCUUUUCACUUGUUUAGUUUUUAAACGUUAGUAUAAUCUGAAUAAAGUUAAUAUAAACUGUUGCCAAAUUCAAUGUAGAGAGAAUGUGACAAACACUUUGGGUAGUUCUGUUUGUGUUUUUGCAUAUUGUAAAAGCAGUGUCACAGCUGAAAGCAAACCCUUUCGAGAGGUAAAUUACUGUGCUUUAGUUGCUAGUUUGUACUGAGAGUUGACCUCUCCCUGUGCAGUUUCUGUUCUAAACUUGUAUAAAGAACAGUGUGUAAAGUGUCUCCCUUCUACAUUGUAACAAUUGCUUCAGCCUACCUUAAAAAUAAAGAACCACUAAGGAAAACAGUC